GUGACACGCGCUUUGUACAGGAAGUCUAUUAAUAGCCCCAUCACGCGGACAUGAAUUUCGUCUUGUAAACAUAUCAUGUCCGUUAUCAGUGAAUAUUGCUGUCAUACCUAGCGAGAUGAACACUGCCAGUGAUAAAGUACCCCAGCGACCACUGGCCAAACUCAUGUUCUACCUCCGGACCGUUUCUCGCUGUGUGGACAUAAAGGAAUUGUGUGAUUUACCACGGUGGGCGGAUUUUUCUCAUUAUCACCUGCUCACAAACAGAGAGGCGGACGAUGUGGCGUGUCUGUGCUUGUCUUUGUCACCAGAUAACCUACGACACAAAUGUCUCUCAGAAUGUGAUUCAAAAGCUAUGAACAUGGACAACGUGUUUUAUGACACAGAACUCGCAAAAUCACAAGGAUUACAGGUGUCCGAUGUUGUCGCGGUCAAUGGAAGUUACCUCCGCAUUAAGGGUGUAAUGACGUGCAAGGCGGAGUGGCUGGAGGAAUUCUAUUAUACGCCAAUCAAACAUUAUGAACAUGUGAUGGAGGGCGCCAAAAUGACCCUCAGAAUCAGGUCGUGUUCUCCAAGACUUAUUCAGACAUCACAAACAACGUACGGAACUUUCAGCACCGUGGGUUGUGUGUAAUUAGAGUGGUGACCGUUAGAUUCAGCGCUACGUGGUUAGAAAAGUGACCUCACUCCACCUAGCUCUUUCAUGCCCGCUGGCACAUACCUCAGUUAGAGUAGCGAACAUUACAUAUAUCAACAUAUCGUGACUUAUCCUCUGCAUAAUUUUACUGGUCUUGUCCACUGAUAUUUGUCUGUCUGUAUUUGAGGACAAGUUAGGUGAAAUCUUGAUCGUUUAUUGUUGAAAUAAAUGUCACUUAUAUUAAGUACA